CCAAUCUCGUGCCUUUUCGCCCCAACUGGUAAUUGCACCAACAUCAAGCGCCGUCUUGGAAUUGAAGCUGACAGCAUUGUCGCCUAAGAGAGAGAAUCUCAAGUAUUAGUUUCUUGUAUUUUUAUUAUCCGUGCGACCGCCACCCCUCGCAGCUGGCACGCGCGCGACGCUUCAUCACUGAGCUGCAAACGCCACAUCACCUCAUCUGAACAAGCCUACGAAUCGACGUCGCGACGAGCGAAAACGAUCACCUGCGUCAAUUAAUAGCCUCGAAGAGUGUCCCUCUUUGUCCGAUAUCUAUAAUUCUACAGAAUGGCGGCAAGGAAACUGCAACAAGAGGUCGACAAGACCUUUAAGAAGGUUGCAGAAGGAGUUGCCGAGUUCGAAAGCAUCUACGACAAGAUCGAGUUAUCGAAUAACCCAGCACAAAAGGAGAAGCUCGAGGACAAUCUCAAGCGCGAAAUCAAGAAGCUCCAGAGAUUGCGCGAUCAAAUCAAGACAUGGGCGUCCAGCAACGAUAUCAAGGACAAGGCUCCUUUAUUGGAGCAGCGAAGGCUGAUAGAAACGCAAAUGGAGAAGUUCAAGGCGGUAGAAAAGGCCAUGAAGACCAAGGCGUAUUCGAAAGAAGGCUUAUCCGCAACGCAACGGUUAGAUCCAAAAGAGCAAGCAAAGGUGGAAGUCAGCGAAUCGCUUAGUGGCAUGGUUGACGAGCUGGAGCAACAAAUCGAAACCCUCGAAGCCGAAAGCGAAUCGAUACAAGCGACUAUGAAGAAGGGCAAGAACCAAAGCGCCAAGGCCGAACGAAUGGCAGAGAUCGACGAAAUAAUAGAGCGGCACAAGUGGCAUCAGGGCAAGCUGGAGCUUAUUCGUCGAGCGCUAGAGAAUGGCGGUGUCGACGCUGACCAGGUCAAGGAAAUCGAGGACAACAUCAAGUACUACGUUUCCGACGGCAUGACGGAAGACUACAUCCACGACGAGGAGAUGUACGAUGAGCUGGCCUUGGAGGAAGAGGAAGGCGCGUUCGGCAACCAGGACAACGAUGAAGCGUCAUCGCAAGACAACCAGUCUUUGCCGGAUACGGCUCCUGAACCGGAACCCAUAAAACCGCCGCAGCCGAAGAAGGUGCAGAAGGAGGUGGAGACAGCGAAGAAGUCGACGGCACAAACCAAGUCACCGCUUCCUGCGCUCGCCACGCUGCACACCCCGCUGGCUACCAUUAGCAGUUCUACAAGUUCAUCUAUGAAGCCGGCAUCUAUACCGACAAGACCAGCUGGUGAAGGAUUGAAAUAUGCAUCGGCCGCUGCAGCCGCUGCCGCGAGCGAAAAGAGCAAUGCUGGUCUAGCUCCAUUGCCUCCGCCCCCUGGCAGCGCCGUGCCUGGCAUCUCACCGCUGCCAGCAGCAGCAACAUCCAAGUCUAGCGCGACGAGCUCCCCCGCUGUUACAUCUGCUCAGCCUGCUGCUGUUCAAGAGCCACGCCAAGUCCAGCCGCAGCCCACACCCGUUGCAGAGCCCGAACCUGCACCCGCACCUGUACCUGCUCGAGCAUCCAAGAAGUCCAAGGCUGCUGCCGCUAAACAGGCGGCAUUGGCCAGUGCUGCUCCGGCCAGCAGCUCGAAAACGGCGGCCAAGGCUGCUGUCGUGGAGAAGAAGGAGGAGGAAUCCAUCUACCACUUGCCAGCCUCGCUGCAGGACUUGGUUGAGUCCUAUGAAAUCGCCAAGAAGAACCCCCCUUCGCAAAUGGCGCCUGCUACGAUGCGUCUGAUGGCCGCUAGUCAGGCUAACUGUCCCGACCAGCUCGACGCCGAGGUUCCUCGAACAUAUCGUCCCGACAUGCCCGUGCCUCCCAGCAGCUCUGGCUUCCCACGCGACCCUCUUCCCAUCUUCGACGACCCUCGACUGUACUCCCGAAUCGACCCCGAUACGCUGUUCUACGUCUUCUAUUACAAGCAAGGAACAGCUCAGCAAUAUCUGGCCGCGAAGGCCCUGAAGGAUCAAAGCUGGCGAUUCCACAAGCAGUACCAGACAUGGUUCCAGCGUCACGAGGAGCCCAAGAGUAUCACGGAAGAGUUUGAACAAGGAACAUAUCGUUUCUUCGACUACGAGAGCACAUGGAUGAACCGACGUAAGGCAGACUUUAAGUUUGCAUAUAAAUUCUUGGAAGACGAAGUUUAAAGGCAGGGGUUGCGCGGAGACGGGCUUUUGUGUAUAUUAGACAAGGGAGUAUUUUCUCCUGCGUUUCUCGUGCUGGGCAUGGAUAUGAAAUUUUAUUACUUCUUGGUCACCGACCUUUGUCUCUUUCUUUUUUCUAAGCUUUGCUUCGCAAUGCUUGUGAUGUGUCGUUUAUUCUGCGCGAUAUCCAAUGCUGACCAGUCUGUGUCCUAUCACUCGUUGUAAACAAGCAUGCUCUGAGCUGGGAUGUCGGUAUCGCUUAGAAGCUUUUCGGACAUGUCCGGAGUGACGCGUCUCUUUGCAAUUGAAAUUAUGUGACGAAAAUGCCUCAAUUGUUUACCCCCAAUCCAGAGCCGCAUCGGUGCAGCCAUCGGCUGGCCCAGAUCGCCGGGAAGCCGGUUGAUGAACCCCAUGACGCCGCGAUGGAUUGUCCGCCCCCCAAAACGGGGGAUCACGCUCGCCUCACUAAAACAUUGCGCGCCAGGGCGUCAAGGACAGACCGAAGCAAAAAUCAAGCCACUUGGGGAAAUGAAGGGAAAAAAAAAUGAGGGAAUUUGCAAAUAAACUUGCCCGUUUCAGGAAAUGCGCCGCAGAAAGCGUCUGGCGCAUUCAAUUCCUCAAUUUGAUCCGCAGGUUGUUUUCCCUGGGGGAGACGCAUCAUGUGGCCCAGGUACCCCAAACUCUCCGCACUGCGCUGUACUAAAAAGCAGGGUUGUGUGAGUUAGGCGAUAACUUUACGGGUGCUUUUUCUCCAACGGCCGCGCACAGCCAGUG